GUGAGCUCCGCCCCUGCAGCAGAGCUGAAAAAGCCAGAAUCCGGGCUCCUCUGCCCCUCUCUCCAUGAUAUUUGAUUAGGAAUGUGGGGGCGGGCCCUGGCCUGGCUCAGGCGCGCACACUCUCAGUAGCCACCCUGUCUCUCUCUCUCUCUCACACACACACCUUCUCCAACCCAAGGAGGCCAGACACAGAGACUUGAUCACUCUGAAAGGUUCAACUAGAGAGACACAAUGCAGUGGGUCUCCCUCCUGCUGCUGGCAGGGCUCUGCUUGCUCUCCGGGGCUCAGUAUGAUGAAGACUCCCACUGGUGGUUCCAGUACCUGCGCAGCCAGCAGUCCACCUACUACGACCCCUAUGAACCCUACCCUUACGAACCCUCUGACCCCUACCCCUACCCCUACGGGGUGGAGGAAGGUCCAGCCUAUGCCUAUGGCUCUCCAUCCCCACCAGAGCCCCGUGACUGCCCCCAGGAAUGCGACUGUCCCCCCAACUUCCCCACGGCCAUGUACUGUGACAACCGCAACCUCAAGUACCUGCCCUUCGUGCCUUCCCGCAUGAAGUACGUCUACUUCCAGAACAAUCAGAUCUCCUCCAUCCAGGAAGGUGUCUUUGACAAUGCCACUGGCCUGCUCUGGAUUGCUCUCCAUGGCAACCAGAUCACCAGUGAUAAGGUGGGCAGGAGGGUGUUCUCCAAGCUGAAGCACCUGGAGAGGCUGUACCUGGAUCACAACAACCUGACCCGGAUGCCAGGUCCGCUGCCUCGAUCUCUGAGGGAGCUCCAUCUUGACCACAACCAGAUCUCACGGGUCCCCAACAACGCUCUGGAGGGACUGGAGAACCUCACGGCCUUGUACCUCCAACACAACGAGAUCCAGGAGGUGGGCAGUUCUAUGCGGGGUCUCCAGUCCCUGAUCUUGCUGGACCUGAGUUACAACCACCUCCGGAGGGUGCCCGAUGGACUGCCCUCAGCCCUUGAGCAGCUGUACCUGGAGCACAACAACGUCUUCACUGUCCCCGAUAGCUACUUCCGGGGAUCACCCAAGCUGCUCUAUGUGCGGCUAUCUCACAACAGUCUCACCAACAAUGGCCUGGCCACCAACACCUUCAAUUCCAGCAGCCUCCUUGAGCUCGACCUCUCCUACAACCAGCUGCAGAAGAUCCCCCCUGUCAACACCAACCUGGAGAACCUCUACCUCCAAGGCAACAGGAUCAACGAGUUCUCCAUCAGCAGCUUCUGCACCGUGGUGGACGUCAUGAACUUCUCCAAGCUGCAGGUGCUGCGCCUGGACGGCAACGAGAUCAAGCGCAGCGCGAUGCCCGUGGACGCACCGCUCUGCCUGCGCCUCGCCAGCCUCAUCGAGAUCUGAGUGGCCCUCGCGCUGGGCCCUGGGUGUACAGUCCCCACGUCCCCCACUGCAUUUGGCUUGAUGGUUUGGUUUGGCUUUUGCUGGAAGGUCUGGGACAAACAUGUGACAGAAGUCCACGGGCUCCUCUUUAGUCUUCUUCCCUGUAGGCAGCAGGUAGUGGGAUGGGGAGGCGGCAGGCAGGCUUCUGCUGAGGACCUAGGUAGAAGCUUUCGGGUCUCUAGGGACAAAAGGGGCAGCAGGGGGAGUAGUCCCUGGAAGUUCCAAACCCAAAAUAGUCUCACUCCUCUUGAGUCUCUCUGAUGACCUGAUGUUGUGGAACUUCAAAAGUUGCUUGGGCCCAACAGUCUGACUCUCUGGGAGCAGCACUUGACAGACCUCUGUAUGUGCUUAGACCAGCUACACAGUUACUCGGGGCUCCCAUUCAUUGCUCCUCAAAAUAUACCUCUUGCCCAGCCCCCCCCCCCCAAACUCCACCUCAUCCACUCACCCUCCUUCACAGAUGCCUCCUCUGUGCCUCAGGAGACUCCGAGGCUUGUGGGCAUCUGCCCAGCAACCUGUGGAGAGAGCCACACUUGUCUGAGGUUGAAUGGAUACCCAGAGUCACUUCUAUGCUUUCCAGCCUCACCCUUUGGAAAGCCACCAGACCAAGGUCACUGCCAUCAUGAUAGCAUCAUGACCUAAUGCCAGGGGAUACGGUAACCUCCGGCUUAGAUAAACAUACUGAGCUAUAUUUUAGUAGCUGAGCAGCUCUUUACAGUCAGAUCAGAUUUCAAAGGAGGAAAGGCCAGACUGAUUAUCAUCAUCAUCCAUACCAGGGACAAAUGCACCGCAAAUUGGCUGAACUGAGGGGCAGGCCCAGCACUUUCAUUCUGGCCCCCUCUCUGCAUCCCUGCUUGGAUAUUUAUCCUCAAUGGUGGAGGCCAUGUGGUUUUCAAAGCUCCAUAAAGCUAACUGAGCUCUACUUUGAUCCAAGCAGGGAGGUUUUAUAUACUGAUGGGAGUCUUCCAACCAACCCUGGACUUGCCUGCUGCCAGGAGGAUGUGGUUGAUCUGUAUUAACUGAUUUGUCCCAAGGCCAGAGUCAAAAGCACCAGCACUGCUGGAGAUGCUCAGUGUGGUCCCUGAAGCCCAGGGCUACCUCCAAACACGGCCUGUGCUGGGCACGAACCCUUCUGCUUUCGCAUCUCUGAGCUGUGCCCUCGUUACAGAAGAUGCCUGUUGCUUCACAGCUUGGCUGGAAAGCAAUUAAUUCUUCCCAUCUCUGAAAGGUCACGUUGCUUGGGCCUCACCCACCUGCUUUUAAGGGCACAUUGGGAUACAGCCAUUUGGGCAGCCAGAGGCAAAUACCAGUUAAGAAGCAUUAGCCUGAGUCGGACCCCCACUAAGAUAUCGUUACAUCCCUGAUUCUGUGUAUGCUUGGGAGCUGCUUCCCUGGAAAGGGAAGGGGGAUGCUUGGACCAUGUUCUUAGCUCCAGACCCUGAAAUCCACAAAAGCCAAACCAGCUCAUUUCAGCCAGGGAUCUCUGAUGUGAGGACAAGGCUGCCCCCUGCCCCAGGGCUCUCCAGAAAGCAUCUGCAUGUGGACACCAUCAUGUCCCUAUAAAGGAUCCUUGUUACAGGAAAAGCAUGAGUGGUGACCAACCUGACCAAUAAAGUUAUUUUACGAUUGCA